UAGAGAGAGAAAAUCGAAAAAGCCCGCCCAGGGCCUCUUUUCUUUUCGCUUUUACAUUUCACACGCACACACAGAAUGGCCGACACGCUAUUAAUACCACUUCAUGUCAGAUACAUCCAAUCGCUCGACAAACGUACGGAUGAACUCGAAUACUGGUUGACCGAGCAUUUGCGGCUUAACGGAAUAUACUGGGGCUUGACGGCACUGGAUCUGAUGAACAACAUUGAUGCUCUUCCACGCGAUCAAGUAAUCAGUUACGUCAAGAGUUUACAGCACGAGAACGGCGGCUUUGGCGGCCAUACGAACCAUGACCCUCAUAUGCUCUAUACGCUCUCAGCCGUACAAAUUAUGGUGACACUCGACGCGUUGGAUAUGAUCGAUACAGAUAAAGUGGUUGCAUAUGUCGCAUCGAUGCAAAAUGAAGACGGAUCAUUCAGAGGAGACAAGUGGGGAGAAGUCGACUCGCGUUUCGUGUACAUUGGUCUGAUGGCGGUGAAGCUGUUGAAGCGCAUGGAUGCUGUUAACGUGGACAAGGCCGUCGAGUGGAUACUAGAGUGUCAAAACUAUGAUGGUGGGUUCGGUAAUCAGCCGGGUUCCGAGUCGCAUUCUGGCCAAGUAUGCUGCUGCGUUGGUGCCUUGGCAUUGACAGACUCGUUGCAUUUGAUCGAUCAGGAUAUGCUCGGCUGGUGGUUAUGCGAGCGACAAGUCAAGAUUGGCGGACUGAAUGGACGGCCCGAGAAAUUGGAAGAUGUGUGUUACUCUUGGUGGGUGUCAUCCGCUCUUGCCAUUAUCGGUCGAUUACAUUGGAUUGACAAGGAGAAACUUUCGCAGUUUAUCUUAUCGGCUCAGGAUCCAGAAGAUGGCGGCAUAUCGGAUCGUCCUGGUAACAUGGUCGACGUUUACCAUACCUGUUUUGGUGUUGCUGGGUUGUCACUGCUUGAUUACCCGGGUUUGAAAAAGGUUAACCCUGUGUACUGUAUGCCAGCACAUGUUAUUGCUCGGCUAGGAUUGUAACAAUAAAAGAUGUAUACCAAUUA